AAAGACAGUGACCUUCAUAUUUAUGAAUAUACACGUGAAGAAACCGAGAUUGAGUUUGCACGACCCGUUCAUCCAGGUCACGAGUGGUGUGACAACUACAUCACGAUCUGCAUACCCCAGUUAGAGCAAACUCACCUAUCGAGCAUGUAUCACGCUGUCCUCCUUCACAAUCUUCCUUGGUUCAGCUUUAUCCAGAAGAUACAGAACCUCAGUGGGUACAGUCAGAUGCCUAUGGCCCCACCAACCUCUAGUACCUCCGUGGAUAGUGCCCUGAGGGACCUGGCCAGUCGGUUCGGUAGCGGCGUACCACGAUUAAAAAUUGAAAAGUUCUUCCACCACAAGGUCAGCAUCGACCACAAUAUGUUUCUUCCACCUGAAGAACCGUAUGCCGGACAUUCCUCGACCUUGAAACCAAAAGCACUGCGGGGGAACUCUUCUUCUUCCAUCCUCAAGCUCUUCCUACAGCACUUUGUUUUUCUGUCCGCCAACAAUUUACUCAGCCAAUCGCAAAUCCACAACAUUGUUGAAUACAUUGUCGAGAAAGGCGGCACGAUCAUCCUCUUAUUCAUCUGUCGUCUUCGGUCCCCGUUGAUAGCGGUGUUCGCAAGGAAGGUUUUCCACAAUGCUCUCCUGUCUGGAAAUAUAUAUCUUAGUCGGAAGUUCAUACAAUGCGGUUUCUGGCUACAGACUGAUACUCCCUCUUGGCACCAAAAUUGGACCGAGUAUCUAUGCGAAGCGGUAUACAGUGGAAACGAAGCUAUGGUUGAGCUACUCUGCAGGGCCGGGGUUCGCCCUGAAAUCAAAUUCAGUUCUAGAAGGCCUAAUUACUGGGACUUGAAAGUUCAGGUCCUACCAACAUUGCUCGCCUUUGGUGCCGACCCAGAAAAAUACAUCAAAGAUCGAGAGACUGGAUUCCCUUUGAUUGAUGCAGCGCGUAGCGGCAGCCUCAAGGCCGUGAAACUGCUUCAGAGUAAGGGUGCUCGGGUUAAUCUUUACCUUGCCCGGUAUUGCGGAACAGCUUUGCAAGCGGCAGCUUCC